CCCAGCAGCUACUCCCCGCGACCACAGGGCAUUGCAACUCCAUGCAUCAGCAGGCAGGAUAAUUACACACCCACUUCACACCAUCACCCACAUCUCGGAUGCCCAUCCCCAACUGAAGACCCCCGGCGCACAACUCAGGAGCGACGCGGACUUUUUGCAUCACUUAAAGACACAUUCGUGGAGGUGUACGGUUUGCAAAGCAGGAGAGGAAUACAGGAGUUUAAGUUUAUUUAAAGAAGGAGACUUUUUUUUUUGCAAACGAUGGCCAACUCCGGUAUUCAGCUGUUGGGAUUUUUCCUGUCGUUAAUUGGCAUCAUUGGACUGAUCAUCGGGACUAUCCUGCCGCAGUGGAAGAUGUCAGCGUACAUCGGGGACAACAUCAUCACAGCGGUGGCCAUGUACCAAGGACUGUGGAUGUCAUGCGCUUUCCAAAGUACCGGACAGCUCCAGUGUAAAAUCUACGACUCCAUCCUGCAGCUCGACAGUUCGCUUCAAGCCACUCGUGCCUUGAUGAUAGUUGGGAUCAUUGUGUCCAUCGCAGGUCUGGGUGUGGCCUGUAUGGGAAUGAAAUGCACCACCUGUGGAGGGAGCGACAAACUGCGCAAGUCCCGCGUUGCCAUGACAGGAGGCAUCAUCCUGCUAGUGGGAGGGCUGUGUGCCAUCGUGGCGUGCUCCUGGUUUGCUCAUAAUGUGAUCCGGGCAUUCUAUAAUCCCUACACUCCAGUCAACACCAAGUUUGAGUUUGGUGCUGCCAUCUUCAUCGCCUGGGGCGGCUCCCUCCUGGAUGUCCUGGGUGGAGCCAUGUUGGCCGCUUCCUGUCCACGAAAGAAACAGGUGUCCAAGUACCCGUCCAUGGGUAGCUCCCGCUCUGGUCCACCAAGCAGCACGAAAGAAUACGUGUGAGAGCGCCCCCCCACAGCUUGGGACUCCAACAGAAGCUGACAAAGAAGCCCUUCCCUCCUUUUUUUGCAGCACCAGCGAGGAGUAAAACUGAAGGUGUAUGUGAAGUUGUGAAUCAUAGAGGCAAAGAAUUACAGACUUUCUUUUCUUUUUCUUCAGGCAGACCUUUGAUAACCCCUUGAUCAUCAUGCAGCACUCUCAAUUGUUUGAUGAAUGAUGUCUCACACCCCGUCCACACAUUCCACAAUUGUUUACAAGUGAUCUUCACAAAUACAUUAUAAUUGGAUCCCCUGACUUAAUGGACAAGCCCUCGGGGUGUAACCUCUUGAAUUGUAGCCUAAAUGGUGGAUUAUAGCCAACACUUGCACCUCUGUGUUAGAACCAGCAUCUGUUAGCAUUUGCCAUGUAAUUGAAAGUAAUCAAUUCCUGUUUCUAGGCUGCGACUCAGGGGCUCUGUACAACACAGACACAGGGUGACAAUACAGUGUUUUAUAAAAACCACUGGUGGUUCCAAAAUAGAUGUUACGAUGAGCAGGGUGUGACUUCACACACAGGGCUCACUGUGUAGGGUGGCCAUAUCACACAGGCCUUUUACUACAACACUCGCUACAGGCACUGCAGCUCUUCAUACUAGUCUGUUACAAACCCUGCUCAGAUAUGAAAUAUUUUAUUGUGUAGUCACUGUGCCAUUAUCACUCUAAUAGCUUCCAUAUCAGCCACUAUGAGAUUUAACUGCCUCUAUUUAUUUUGACAAAUGUAGGAUGAGGUUUUUGGCUCCUGUGUAGGUUUAUAUAACAGGUAGAUCAUUGUGGCCCAGCUCUAGCUUUCAGAGAUUAUAAAUAUUUUUAUUAAGAUGUUUUGUGCUCUGAACAGUGUCCGCUGUAUUUUUAAAUGCCAUAGUUUUAUACACUCGACUCAUUUAGCACAUAAUGGUGUAAUAAAAAAAAUGUUAACAUGUCCAUUGAUACUUAAAUAAUAAAGAUAUUACAACAUUGUUAA